CCGUCCAUUGUCGACGUGGUGUCGGGCACUGCGGACUUUUCGACUUUAGUCAGGGCCAUCGUGGCCGCCGAUCUUGUUGAUACGCUGUCGGCACCAGGAAACUUCACAGUUUUUGCCCCCACCAACGCAGCAUUUGAGGCUUUGGGAACAACCUUGGACGACCUGAUCAACAAUGAGAACAAGGAACCCCUGCGGCAGAUUCUCUUGUACCACGUUGUGCCAGCGAAAGCCCUUUUUAGCGAUCUCGAAGACGACUCCACGCUCACAACCGCACAAGGAUCAGCCAUUGCGGUCGAACUCCGGUAUUUUUUAUGGUUUGUAACUGGCGCUCGCCUGAAUGGAGAUGCGCGUAUUACGGACCGUAAUAUUGAAACCUCCAACGGAGUCAUUCAUGUUAUUGACAAGGUAUUGAUUCCUCCCUCGGAGUAA